AUGGUUCCCUCGGGUGAGAACAUAACUUUCCCUGUGUCAGAGAACUGUCCCAACUGCAGCUCCUCUUCCUACGCUGAUAUGGAUAACACUAAGGCUGUGACCCUGGGUCUGGUGCUGGGAGUGUUUGUCAUCUUCGGGGUUCUAGGUAACAUCCUGGUCAUUCUGUCUGUGGUGUGCCACCGCCACCUGCGCUCUGUCACACACUACUUCAUCGCCAACCUGGCAGCAGCUGACCUGCUCCUGAGCUCCACCGUACUGCCCUUCUCUGCCACUUCGGAGGUCCUGGGGCGCUGGGUGUUUGGCCGGCCAUUCUGCAGUGCUUGGGCUGCCUUGGAUGUUCUCUGCUGCACUGCCUCUAUCCUCAGCCUGUGUGUCAUCUCUGUGGACCGCUACCUUGCUGUCAGCUACCCGCUGCGCUACCCGGCCAUGGCCACUGGGCGGCGCGGCCUGGUCGCAGUGACAGCUCUCUGGGGCCUCUCGGCAGCCAUAUCCGUGGGUCCGCUCUUCGGCUGGAAGGAGCCUGACCCAGAGGACGAGACUGAGUGCCGGAUCACAGAGGAACCGGGUUAUGCUAUUUUCUCUGCCCUGGGGUCGUUCUAUGUGCCACUGGCCGUCAUUCUGGCCAUGUACUGCAGGGUGUAUGUGGUGGCCAAGCAGAAGUCCCGGGACCUGAGGGAGGGCAGGAAGAGUGAGGGGGGGAUGGUCACGAAAGGAGAGGGAGUGACACUGAGGAUCCAUCGGGGAAAUGCCCCUGCUGUGCCAGAGGGCCAAGAGGAGGAGGGAGAAAAGGGCACCAUUAGGCGGAGACGCACCACCUUCGCCCUUAUGCGCCUGCUGAAGUUUUCCCGGGAGAAGAAGGCAGCCAAGACACUGGGCAUCGUGGUUGGCUGCUUCGUUCUCUGCUGGCUGCCCUUCUUCCUGGUUAUGCCCAUUGGCUCCAUAUUCCCAUCGUACAGGCCACCUGACACCAUCUUUAAGAUCACCUUCUGGCUGGGCUACCUCAACAGCUGUAUCAACCCGAUUAUCUAUCCCUGCUUCAGCCAGGAGUUCAAGAGGGCAUUCCUCAACGUUCUGCAUGGACGCUGUCUCAGACAGGGGGGCAGGAGCUCUAAAUCUUUGGGGUUUGCUUCUUCCUAUGGUCCCAGUCCUGGUCCAUCGUCUCUUAUCAGAUCCAAGCCUCCCCCCUCCUCCUCCAGCUUCUCCACCAAGCCCUGCCAAGCCCCCUCCCCAGCCUCUCCCUCCUUGGGCUGCUGUAGGACCUUCUCUGGCUCCUCUUCCUCAGUGGGGGUGCCAGGCCAUACCCACAUUGCUCGGGUCCAGAGUAAAAGCCUGCUGAAGGCGUGGUGCUUUGCAGCGGGGGAAAGACCGCCACCAUUGGGUGCUCCUUGCCGAAGCCCUUCAGCCUGUCGUGCUGCUUCAUGUCAAGCCAAAGUCCAUCGCCUCUCCAUGGGAGCGAAAGGGGAGGCAGUGUGA